AUGUCGAGAAGCACACAAGUUACAAUCACCGCCGCACCUUGGAAAUCACUGCUAGAGAAUACGCUAAAUGAAAAUAAAGAAAAGACUAAAAAUAUAUUCAACGUUGCUGUUGGUACAGUCCAAGGGAAUAGACCUAGAGUGAGGAUGAUGGUACACAGGGCAUUCCAAGGAAAUCUACUCCUUACGACAACUGAUAUACGUAUGAACAAGAUACAUCAAUUGGAAGAUUCCUACGUUGAUAACAAAGGCUCACCAAUCGAUUAUGUCUUCUGGAUUGAACCUGCUAUCCGUCAAUUCAGAUUCACCGGUAACGCUUUCCUUCUGCCUUCACCUUGUCAUCGUAAUCCAACUCCCUUAUCAGAUUACCUCAUUAAUUCUGGUAUCGACUUUGAGCAGAAACGCAUUGACAUCUAUAACUCCAUGUCACGCUCUUUACGCGCUUCUUUCGCUAAACCUUUCUCGCCUGGAAGUCAUAGAUCUUGGGAUGAAAAUUCUCAUCCGUCUCCCGAUAAAGUUGAGUCAGAUGACCAAGAUGAGUGGUAUCAAAAGGGCUUAGACAACUUUGCAUUGCUCGUUGUAGACCCAUUUCAAGUUGAUUACUGCGAUCUCCUCACUCAACCAAAUCAACGUAAGGUAUUCACACUCAACGAGCAAAACGCGUGGAUUGAAGAGGAUGUACACCCAUAA